AUGUGUGUUAAUGAUCUUCCGGUUAGAGGAAGACAUCCCAAGUACAUGGUCUGCAAACCAACAACGAAACAGUACCAGAUCAUACCGAGGCCAAAAACCCGGCAUUUCACAAUCACACACGGUUUGGUGGUGAUGAGAACUGAUCCUCUCCGGUAUAAAAUCGUCAGGCUCUCGCCUUCCAACAGGAGGUACAACUUGAAUUUUACUCUCGUUUGUGAUGUUUUCGAUUCCGAUUCGUUUGCAUGGAAGCGACUAUCAAAGAACGUGGAACUACCGGCAGAAGAUAUGCCAGGUGUAAGAAUGUCUGAACCCGUUGCUGCUUACGAGUUCUUGCAUUGGUUAACGGCCAACAACAACGUGUUACGGUUUUGUCUGAAAACCGACACUUGGUCGUUUCUCGCGGUUCCUGAGCAUCUAGCGAGCGACAAGUCUCUGAAAUUGGCGAGAUACGAAGGGAAGCUUGGGUUUUUCAGAUCAAGAUCGAAGGAAGGAGUGGAUUAUCAGGAGAUAUGGGUUUUAGAGAGCAGUUUGAGGAGUUCUUGGGUGAAAGUGAAAGAGAUUAAAAGUAUGGGGCUCGAACCAGUGGGAAUCUUGAGCAACGACGUCGUAACGCUGGUUGACAAGGAAAAGUUCUUGUACAAUUGCAAUAUGAAUAACGGCAAGUCACAAAAGUUACAAAUUAGGUCUCCAAGAUUUUCUCCUUAUAUGGUUGCGAACUCGAGUUAUUUCCAUCUCUGUUCUGAUUUCAAGAGAGUUGAAUUUGGCGGGAGAUCCAACGGCUAUCAACAAGACAAGUCACUUUAA